GUGAAAUCUCUCGUUUCAACCGAGUAAAAUUACCAAACGGACCGCCAUUCACGUUGAGGGUCAAAUGUUUUGAGGAUGUGCUGGUAGUGCCAUCGAAAUGUCAAGUUUCUCCAGAUCUGCCCAGCAAUGGGCGACCUUCGCUCGAUCCUGGUUCCUGAUUGAUGCCAGGAUGCAGCCUCCUGGGAAGAUCGCAACCAUGUGUUCUGUUAGAUUACAGGGGAAACACAAGCCCAUCUACCAUGCACUGAGUGACUGUGGUGACCAUGUAGUAGUAAUAAACACCAAAAACAUAGCUUUCUCUGGAAACAAAUGGGAGCAGAAAGUGUACUCAUCACACACGGGGUAUCCAGGUGGAUUCAAACAACUCACAGCUGCCCAGCUCCACCAAAAAGACCCAAAAGCUAUUGUGAAGUUAGCCGUUUACGGCAUGCUGCCAAGGAAUCUGCACCGACGCACCAUGAUGCAGCGAUUACACAUCUUUCCUGAUGAUGAGCUGCCAGACGACAUCCUAGCCAACCUGACGGAGGAGCUGCCUCAGCCCAGAGAAAUCCCCAAGAAACUCAGCGAGUACACGCAGGAGGAGAUAGACGCCUUCCCCAGGCUGUGGACACCACCUGAAGACUACAAGAUGAAAUGAAAUCGAGGCUGCCGACCCGACGUGACCAAAGCUGAAAAGGUUUUUUUCACAUCAACGCUACAUUGAAAGUAACAGAUGCCUCGGUUAUAUUAUGAUACUUGACAAAGCACUGUAAAAAUUAGAGGCCUUUUUAUAGGAUUUACUCGAAGAUGUUAUCUGUUUUUAAAAUGCAUAAAACUGAUUUUCUUCAGAUGAAACAUUACAAAAAGUCAAAUUUAGUGCAAAAUCAGGAAACAGCACUAUUAGGUCAUAACCUAGAUGCCAACAUCAACACAGACUCUGUGGUACUCUAUACACAAUACACCUCUCUGUCUUUUGUGUUACCCCUGACAGCAGACCUGAAUUAUCCAGCAACAGCUGGAGAUUUUACCGUGUGGCUCAGCUCUGAUCAGAGAAAAUCAGAUUCUGUGGGUUUUCCUCUGAUUAUCCAACCAUGAAAUGAUCAGAUCUGGCCCAUAAAAAAAUGACAUCUGUUAGAGCUGAUCCUGCCUUUGAAGGUUUGUGGGUUAACAGUGAAACCAAUUAUUGCGUUACUAUGACAACAUUCAGGCCACCAUGUUAACUUUGGUCAGGAAAUCCUGAGCUUCCUGUUUUGUCAGUGUGUAAGAAGCAUUCAUGGUGUUGUUUAAGUAUAAAUCAAUUGUGUUUAUGUGAGUUGUAAAAUAGGCUAAUAAACAAUUUAAUAAA